UAAAGGUCGCUAGUUCGAUCCUGGCAUUUCGCACGCUGAUGUAGCGCCCCGUAACCAGCCCCGCGAGGGGAGUGAACUACCCGGACAUCCGGGAGAAUUUUGGCCCAGCGGGUGAUCUGGCGUGUCCUGGCGUGCGCAAGCUGUGGCAUGGGCCAUAGGUCUGGGCACAAGGGCACAAGGAAUCGACGUUGGGUACAAGCGCAAAGGAACAAGAUCCAGCAUAUCAAAAAGGUGGCGAACUGACGCAUACAGACACGAACGGCGACCUGAUGGAUUUGCUGCACUGGACAUGGACAACGCGGUCGUGCCGACGACUUGCGCACUAAAGGUGCGUGCACGUUUUGCAACAUGUGCACCGCUUCGCGUCUUCAGUGCUCCAAAUCUGGUUUCCUUGCUGUGUGUCAUACUCUUCCGGCUGGCCAGUGCUGGGCACCCAAUUCGGGCACCACGCCGCCCAACAUCCCGACUUGCCGCCAAAACACGUCUUUGCUGCCCAGCGAUGUAUGCCUUGCGAAAGAGGUUGUGGCUAUUGUGCGUGCAUACCAGCAUCUGGUGCUUUGUAAAACUCGGAGAGCCAUACGACGUGCACGGCGCUCUGCUGUAGUUUCUGCAUGCGCAAAAUGUUAUGCCGCGACUCACACAAUUGAGUUGCAUACUGCCUGCAUUACAGAAUUCUAUGGCAAAUGUCUCCUCUAGCAGUGCAAAGCGGCCAAGAGCGUUAGUAUAGGUCGCGAUUGUUUUCUGAACUCUUACACCACCUUUCAAUAAGGAUGGGACUAUUAUCAUGUUUCAGUGCGCCCAAAUCCAGCGCAACCGCGCCCAGUGACCACUCAAGCAUUGGGUGCGCCUGGAGCUCCGGGGGCCCGCCGAGUGAUGUUGCUAGCAGCGCUGCAAAGACACGACAGCGCCCUGACGAUGGCGCGGAUAGGUCGCGUCAUGAUAUUAUCAACACAGGGCUUCUUGCCGCGGUUCCAGUGCUGGCAAACCUGGGUGCCAGCCCGCAGCAGGGAUGGUUCUCGGCACUGGACGCCGCUGCCAGCUGCCUGGCGUCGUGUUUUGAAGCCGACCAAGUCAGCAUAUACAUUCUCGACGGCGAGGGCCAGGGCAGCAUUUUGGCGGGCGUUGGCGUCGAGCCGCGGCUCUGCUCCGGCGCCUGGCAGAAUGCCUGCGUCCCGCAGCUGUGCCUUGAGCAGCUGGAGCAGCUGCAGAUGACUAAUGGCAGCGGCAGCGAGGAGGCGACGAUGGCGGCGGUGGCGGGGGUGGUCUACCGAGAGCUCGUCGCCCCCACCAGUGGUGGCAGCGGCGGCGGCGGCGGUGGCAGCGGCAGCGGCGGUGGCGGCGGUGGCGCCAUCCCUGGCCCCGCCGCCGGCUCGUCGUUCAAGCAGCGGCCGCCGCCACCGCAGCAGCUGGUGCAACCCCAGCAACAACAAGUCCAGCAACAAGUCCCGCAACAGCAAAAGCCCCAGAAGCAACAGCAGCAGGAGCAGCAGCAGCAGCUGCUAACGAGCGGGUCGUCAUCCAGCGCCAACACGCACGGCACCCUGGGCACCGGCGGUGGAGUCAAUGGCGCGCCGGACAGUGCCAGUGGCGGUGCCUGCGGCGGUGGCAGUGGCGGCGGCGGCGGCGGUGGCGGCGGCGGCGGCGGCGGCGGCGGCGGUAGUGGCGGCGGUGGCGGUCCCGAGCGCGUCGCGACGGCGGCGGCGCUGCCAUACGAAUGGCGGCGGUUGGCGGCGCAGCACGGCUGUCGGCAGUUUGUGGCGGCGCGGAUCGAGGCGCAUGGCGUGGCGGUUGGGGUGCUGGGCCUGGCCAGCCGGGCCCACGCCCGCCCCCCCUCCUGGACCACCGACGCUCUCCGCUGCGUGUCCGCCUUCCUCACCUGCCACCUCGCCACCGCCGCCGCCGCCCUGGUCGGACCCGCGCCCUUCGCCCCACCGCCCCCCUCCCUGCUGCUGACCCCCAGCGCCGCCGCUUGCGGCGGCGGCGGCGGCGGCGGCGGCGGCGGUGCCGGCGGCGGAGCCGCCGCCGCCGGGCCGCUGGCGGCGCUGCGUCGCGCGACGGCGUUGAGUGAGAUAGUGGCGGCGCUGGGCGCGGCGGCGGCGGUGGCGACGGAGAGCGUGGCGCACGUGCGUGCCGCCAGCAUCCGCGUGGCAUUCGUACACGCGGCAUUCCAGAGCGCAGCCAUCUUCCCGGUAGAUCGUCACACAGACCCCCUCAGCGACGGCGGCUUGGGAGGCAUCGCCACCAGCGGCGGCGGCGCCGUCGGCUCCAGUAUCGGCAGCACCGCCGCCGCCGCCGCCACCAGCCUCUUCGGCCGCAUCUCCUCCCACGCCUCCAUCAUCGCGCCAUCGCCGCCGCUGCCGCCGCCGCCGGAUCCGCUGCGGGUGCGGCCGCGGCCCAGCUGCGAUGUGCUGAUGCCGCCGCCGCCGCCGCCACGCGUGGCGGCGCCGCCGCAGACAGCGGGCGCCGCCGCCGCUCCCGCACCGCCGCUGUGUGGCGGGGCGGGCGGCGGUGUGGGAGCGGUGGUGGCGAACGUGGCUCUUCGCAGCAGCACCCCCGCGGGGGCUCUUGGGCUGCUGGGGCUGCCGUCAGAGGCCAGCCCAGGCGAGGCGGGAGCCGGCGGCAAUGCAGGCGGCGGUGCGGCCGGCGGACUGGUAGGCGGCGCUCACGGCGCCGCCUGGAUACAUGCCCUGCUGCCCAUGGCCCGUGGGUCCAGCUUCGCCAACGGCUACGCCGCCGCCGCCGCCACCACCAACGCCACCAAUGCCACAAGCGGCGGUGGCGGCGGCGGCGGCGCGUUUGGGUCAUUGGUGAUGGAGGGCGGCGCCUCGCUGUGGCGUGGAGGCAAGGGCACGGAUCCCCCCCGCAAGCUACUGCACGGACACACACUGCCGCUGCCCGGCACACUGCUGGCCCAGGCCCUAGCGCAGGGGGCGGCGGGGCUGUGCGUGGAUGACUGCGCGGCACACAUCCAGGACACCAAGUCCUACCCCAAAGACCUGGUCCUCUCCCGGCACGCCUCCCUGCCCCUCUCCCUCGCCCUCGCCGCGGCCUCCCCCGCGGCCUCCUCCUCCGCCGCCGCCACCGCCGCCUCCCGUGCGUCCACCGCCGCCUCCAACAACGCCGCCAGCGGUGGCAUCCGCCUCUUCGGCUCCCAGGGAAGCAGUGACCCGAGGGUCACGCCCAACGCGGCCGGGGGCCGCAUUAACAGCACUGCUGCCGGCGACGGCGCCGCCGGCGCCGCCGGCGCCGGGACCGCCGCUGAAGAUUUGGGCUGUACAGGAAGCAGCGGCGGCGGCGGCGGUGCUGGCGGCGGCGGCGGCGGCGGCGGGGCCAAUGGUCCGCUGCUUGCGCUGUACGCAACGUUUGGUCAGUCCACGCCGCGGCCGCUGCUGCAGGCGGUGGUGCGGAGCCUGAGGGAGCUGGCCAUGGCUCUGGCGCCGGUGGUGUGGGCCCGUAUCUCCUCUGAGCCCUCGCUGCGGGACGAGUGGGCGGUGCUGGCGGCGCACCUGAAGAAGGUGCCGCUACGCAAGCGCGGCCACCACACACGCCGCGGCGGCGGCGUCUCUUCAGGCUCAGAAGGCGCGGAGGAGGGAGAAGAGAUGGAGGAGGAAGAGGACUUUGGCCUGCACCCGAAACAAGAUCAGCCGCAGCAGAAGCAACAGCAACAGCCGCAGGCUCCUCUGCAGCUGGCCGCCCCGGUAACGUUAACGGCGGCGGCGGCGGCAGCGAGUGCGAAUGACAACGCCGCCGCCGCCGCCGCCGCCGCCGCCGGUGGAGGCUGCGGUGGCGGCUACGGCGCCAGCGGCGCGUGUGGCAUGAUUGGUGAGGUAUUUGGAAAGGAGGCCGUAGACGCUUUGCUGGACGCAAUGGGGGGCAUUGGCGCCGCCGCCAGUGGCAUAGGCGGCGCCGCCGCCACCGCCACCGCCGCCGCCAACAAGAAUGGAAGCAGCAUUGGCGGCGGCGGCGGCGGCGGUGGCGGCGGCGGCCAAACGUUCUUAGCGCCGCCGCCGCCGGCGGCGGCGGUGCCGCCGCAGCUUCAGUCGCCCCCGUUCUCCGUCCACCAGUCGCCCAGCCUUGGCGCCGCCGUCGGCGCGGGCGGCGGCGGCGGCAUGGCGGCGGCAGUGGCGGCUCUGUUGGGAGGGGCAACGCCACGGGGGGGCAGCAGUGGCGGCGGCGGCGGCGCCGCCGCCGCUGGUGAUGGAAAGCUAGUGACGCCCGCCGCCGCCGCCGCCGCCGCUGCGGCGGGGCUGAAGGCAGCAAAGAAACCGCCGUCAGCGCGCAAGUCGUUCCGCGCCCUCCUAGGCUGGGUGGCCGGCGGCGGCGGCGGCAACGGCGGCGGCGGCGGCGGCGGCUCUUCCGCCGCCAACCAUCCUUUAGAAACCGCCGCCGCCGCCGCCGCCGGCAGUGAGGCUGCUGCCGGCGGGCUGAUGAGGCUCGCGCCGACGGUAACGGCUACAACGGCACCCGAUCAGCAGGCGAAGGCAAGACCAGCCGGCACUGCAGAUGCCAGCGUUGGCGCCGCCGCCGCCGCCGCCGGUGAGAUCUUGGACACCAGCAACAGCCUAAUGGCUGGCGGCGCCGCCGCCGCCGUUGCUCGGAACGUCUGGACCGGACCCGCGGGUGUGCCGGCGCCGGCGUCCGCUGCCAGCGGCGCCGGCGGCGCCGCCGCCGCCAGCGCCGGCGCUGCCUUGUUUGCCGCAGAGCUUGGCGGCUGCAACGGUCUCACCGCCACCGCCGCUGCUCCCGCCGUCACCGCUGGCGGCGCUGGCGGCGGCGUCAACGGAUCCAGGCUGCUGACGCCGCCGGGUAUGCCGCCGGGGCCUGCCGGUUUGGCAGCCUCAGCAGCAGCUACGGAGGCGGCGGUGGUGGCGGCGGGUGGCGGCGGCGGCGGUGGCGGCGGUUUGGCGAUGGCCCGUGGGACGGAGGCGGUUGGCGACAGGCACCGCGAGAGGAUGAAGCACAUGCGACGCAAGAGCGUGUCGUUCCGGCUGGAGGCAGCCAUGAGUCCGCGAGGUGCCUCCAAGAUUGCGCCCAUCAUCUCGAUCAUGCAUGAGCGGCUUAAAGCGGCACAGGCCGUGCAGAUCAGUGCCGUGCACAACCGCGCCAGUGAGAUGCGGAAGAACGACCUGCACUCCCUCAAGCUGCUGGAUGAGGUCGGCAGGGGAGGCUAUGGGGUGGUGUACCGGGGUCUGUACCACGGUAGUGAGGUGGCGGUCAAGGUCAUCCACGAGGCCAAGCUGAGUCCUCAGCCCACGGCCGGCAGUAGCGCACUACAGCCCGCCACCGCCGCCGCCGCCGCCGCCCACCCGCUGCUGGCGCGGUCCACAUCCGUGCUGUUGCACAAACAGAACCUGCACGACGCCAUCGAGUUGGUCGCCAGCGUGUCCAUCAGCCACCCCAACAUCGUACAGGUUCUCACUUUCUUCAUGGACUGCCGCCUCGUCUCUCCGCCCGCCAUUGGCGGCGGCGGCGGCGGUGGCGGCGGCGGCGCCGGCGGCGCCGGCCUGGCGGGCAUUCUCGCGAUUGCCAACGGUAGUGCCAUUGGCGGCGGCGGCGGCGGCGGCGGUGGGGGCCUACUCGACACAUUUGAAAACGUGGCGGAUCACGGUGUAGCCGGCGGCGGCGGCGGCGGUGUGGGGGGAGAGGCGGCGGCCAAGCCCGCCCCGCGGCUUAUGCACAUGCCGUCGCUGCUCGAGUCGCCGGGUCUGGGCCAGGAUGUCGGCUCCGACAGCUCUAUGGCGCUGGUCAUGGAGUACUGCGACGCGGGCAACCUGAGUCUCGCCAUUGGCAACGGCCUUUUCCUGCGGCAGCUCACACCCACCACCAGUAGUGGCACCACCACUGCGACCACCACCGCUACGACCACCACCACCACCACCGGUGGUGCUGCUGCUGCAGGCCACGGGACAGACCCCUCCAAACCUAUGGUCGCGGUUUGCCUCAAGUCGGUGUUUGCGACGCUGUUAGAGAUCGCUCUGGCUCUUCGGCACAUGCACAUGCUCCACCUGGUGCACUGCGACCUUAAGCCGCAGAACGUGUUGCUCAAGACAUCGCCGCGCGACCCCCGCGGGUUCACCGUGAAGCUGUCCGACUUUGGUCUGGCCAAGACUCUGGCGCGCGACGAUGACGGACAGCUGGUCAUUGACGAGGCGGUGGCCAGCGGCACCAUCACGCACGUGGCCCCCGAGGUGUUCAUGGGCGAGCGACCGCUCGGUGCGGCGGUGGACAUCUACGCAUUCGGCAUCCUCAUGCACCAGGUCAUGUGCGGUGUGAGGCUGUACGAGGGGCUUACAGCGCAGCAGAUUGCAGACGCGGUGUCGUACGAGGGCCUGCGGCCGCGCAUGCCCCGCUGGGUUCCCUCCGGCUACCGCUCCCUCGCGCAGCGCUGCUGGCACCCCGCCGCCGCCGCCCGCCCCUCCGCCGACGAGCUCGUGAGGCAGCUGGAGAGGCUGGGCGCGGGCCGCGCCUGGAAGACCAGCCGCGGCGCGCAGCAGGCCUACCGCAACCACGUGCAGUCCUCCGUCGCGGACUUCCUGUACGCGGGCGGCGGCGUGAAUAACUAGGGGUGCCCGGUGACAGAUAUAGGUGGCGGCCGCGCGUAAGGGCGCGUGCGUGGCGGCAGAGGCGGCGGCGGCGUGAAUAACUAGGGGUGCCCGGUGACAGAUAUAGGUGGCGGCCGCGCGUAAGGGCGCGUGCGUGGCCGCGGAGGCGAUGGCCGCGCGUAAGGGCGCGUGCGUGGCGGCAGAGGUGGUGACAAAGAGGGGCGGCGGCAUUAAGCAGCGGCGGCCGGCGGCGUCAACUGCUGGCGGCGGCGGCGGUGGUGGCGGCCGCACGUUGUGGCGAUGCCAACCAGCGGUGGCACAGUGUACGGCGCAGCGGGUGAGGCCCGCGCUUCCUUUGCCGGUGUCACCGGGUGCACGGGGCUUUGGCAUAUUUGUUCCUGCGGCGCCACUUGAACUUACUUCCUUUCCCUGAAUUGCGUGUGGGACGGCUUCCCGCACGAAACGCAUGAAGACGUGAAACGUCCAUGAUUAUAAUGCUGCUGCUUCAGCAGCCUUAUGAUGCAACCGGGAUCUUGUGAUCUCGUGAUGAUCUGUGUGAAGGAGUAGCUGACGAGCGACACGGCAUUAAAGUGAGGGCCAAGGCAGAGUUUUGGUGAGAGUGUUGUUUAAUUUUAUAAAGUUUGUAUUGCAACUACUUCAGAUUGCUCUAGGUUAUGGCCGGGGACGUGAAGGAACCGCGGUGGAACCAAUCUGUUAAUGUUGUGAGAGAAAAAGGCGCGCGCAGACAAUGACGAGGAGUGAAGGUGCACAGAGAUGCGUGAGUGAGAGGAUGAGUGAGGAGGAACAGCCGCAUGCGGGAUUGCAUGUGUGCUUGGGGAGCACUUGAGAAUGUCUAGACUGGAGUGCAUGAGAGGGAGUGAUUUUUGCCGCAAUUUUCUGUACAGCCCAUGUUCAUGUUUACAGCCCUUGUUUAGAAGCAUGCGGGGCCCGAGCUUUGAGUAACCAUGCAAGCAAAUGGUCGGUGACUGCAGUACGGCGCAUGCAUCAAAAGUUUGGCGCUUGCUUGCAUCAGGAGCGAUUCGGGCCUCGAUCGGCUUGGCAGAGAGCGAGAGGUUUGAAGGCGAGAUGCAAUGGUCCUGAAUGGUAGCGCGAGAGAGAGUGAUGAGUUGUCGGCAAAAUGCUGGUUUGUGUGGACCCCCCAAGUGAACACUGCAGAGGAGCGAAGACACACACAUGCGGCAAGGUCGAGGCUCGUGGCCGCCUCAUUUUGCACUUACAUGUAUAUUACUUACACUUACACUGGUGUAGUGUGGGUGUGAAGAGUGCCGUCACGGGACGUCAUCAUGGGGGGCAUGGCCUAGGGCCGUGCACGGCAGUGAACGUGUUGGGAGGCAGGUUGGUGUUUGUCCGCAUGAUUGUGAUGCCACCACCAUGAACUGACAGCCAGGGCCAGUGGCCUUAGUAUUUCGCAAGCAGCAGCAGAUUUUGAGCGAGUAGGAGUGAGCGAGUUACGGUAGUUAGCAGUACGCGUUCGGCGGUGGCGUUAUUGUGACUGCUAAUAGCGCGUUCCGAGUGCUCGCGUGCGUGAGACCGUGCCAGCGUAAGCAUGCAUGAGAGCGGAUUCCUUGCUCUGUCGCCUUGGCGUGCUUGCGGGCCCUUUCAUAAUAUUCAGCAUAAAAUGCGAGCCACGUCCGGAUUUGCGGGGAUGCCAAAGGCCCCCAACAUAGAGGCGUGUGCUUAGUAGGCGCCCGCGUCAAGGUGGCUGGGUUGAUAACGACCCGGGAUCAGCCCUGUUCCUGCCAUAAGGCAGCCACCUCCUUGUUGUGUUUACUCCAUUGUAGCCCAUUUGCGGCUGCGGCUGUGGCUGCGGCUGCGGCUGCUGGGCAUCAUACCGGUUCACUUACUCGGUGCACUUACUUGUGGGUUGUGAUUAUGUUUUGGCACCUUGUGACGCAAAACUGCCAUUUUGUGGGAAGUGACCUGGCCUCCUCAUGUCAGGGCAUCUGCAUGCAUGAAGCCAACGUGUGUAUUGAAGCCAACGCAUGCGGCCCGCGCGUGUUUAUGUGAUGUCAACAACCCAGUAAUGCACGUUUGAAGGGUGGGGCGGUGAGAGGCAAGGUUGGAGGGGGGCCCGGCAUGGUCUGCUUGGAAGCCCCGCGGCGGUUUUGGAAGUCGGGGUUUGUUUGCUCCCUUGAUUGAUUUUGGGUAUUAUUCUUAGCUAUGCAUUAUUGCGUUGGUGGUUUUGGGAACUAGCGCCGUUAGUUUUGGCGCCUGUUCCGUUUAGUGUGGGGGUCGACCACUCUGCACACCGGUAUUACCCCGUGUGUGUGCGGGGGGCAGGCGGGGCUGAGGCAGUGCACGUAUCUUCCAUCUACACUGUAGAAAUCUGCCCAAAAUCCGCCGAAGGCGGAGAAAAAUUUUUGGGUCUGGGUGCCACGCAUCUACGCAGUGUAGACGGUUUUGGCCGGUUUUGGCGCAAAAAUGGGGGAAGCGUUGACGUUUUGGGGGGCUUGGGGCUUAAGUGUAGAUGCCGCGGUCAGGGUCAUCUACGCAUGUGUAGAUGCCGGGUGCCUGAGGGCAUCUUCAAGAUACGAGCACUGGGCUGAGGUCCCAACACGCACGCAAAUGGGGUAUGCAUACAGUCUACCGUACACGUAUGGGCACGGACACGCGUGGUCAUGUGGGCACUCUCCAUCUGCCUCUUUGGCCGCCCUGUCAUAUCGUCACCCCUGCAUACGCCCGCGCUUACGAAAAUUCAAGAGGCUUGCCGCCCUCAUACUUGGUCGCCCCUACACCGUGCAGAACGCGGGCGGGUGGCGCCGUUCACGAACUGUUAUUCUUGUUGGUGUGCAGUUGUUGUGUGGCUCGGCAUUUGACGGUGGCGUUUGCCGCUGGUGUUGCUGAUACAAGUUAGGGGCUUGCUAACAGGGUUGGUUGGGUGCUGCUGAUGACGCUAAUGACGCUGCCCAGGGGCAUGGGGGUGGGGUCGACCCGGGCCCUGUCACGAUGGCCUGGACCCCUCACGUGUGUGGGACCGGCGGUCCUGGUCCCUUUGUAAA